AAUUGCUUCUCGCUCGUGAUACUUCGGCUUUCCCAAUCCUUUGUGCACUGCAGUCCUCCGCGAACAACCGCAGUUCUACACCGAUUAGAAUAUGACAUGUGUCGCAGUUGUUAAAGUCCUAUGAAAGCUUGUUUAUCCAACCAUUACCUUCUCCGAAUUCCGGCAUGUUUCGUUACACUACGUAGUAUGCAGCGAAGUAGGUAUCAUUGCCAUCGCAGGCGGGGUAUUCUUUACAUUACAGCCUGAUGCCUAAGCCCCUAGAAAGUCCAGCACGGCUCGUGCAUCUCAAUCCUUCAUUUUAAAACAUUGCCAUCCGGUAGCCUCUAGUUUGAACAGGAGAAAACAUGACGAUCGUAGGAAAAGCAGACGUUCCGGAUAGGAAAGCUUUUCGCGAAGGCUUAAACAGUCGUAAUGAGUUGAGUGAGAAGGCCAAGUUCAUCACCGCUCACCUCGGAUGGGAAAGUAUCCCGGCGUACUCGGAGACGGAAUCACACGACGGAGGACCGUGUGAGGUGUCAGCACCGUUGCCCGACGAAUGCAUCAUCGUCCUCCUGUACGGGCAGAUGCAGCUCGACGACGACGAACGAGUCCUCACCGGGACCAACGUCGCGGUGCGCACGCAAGGGUCCAAGACGCUGAAGAUCUUGACGAACAGCGCCGCGGUGUGGUAUCCGGGGAUGUGCUGCUGGGAGGGGGACGAGUGCUUCCUCGCGACGAAGGGCCAGUGUAAGCGCUUCGGAAUCGGUAACGUUAGGGAGGUGAAGAAGAAGCCGAAGAAGUCGGCUUGGAGCUGGGUGAAGAAGCUUAGCUUGGGAAAACAGGAUAAUGAUUCUUAACGACAUCAUUGCUACCUAGUCAGGGAGCAGUAUGACAGAUUGGACGUCUUGGAAUUGGGGUCUAAGUCAUCUUAUGUUUGGAAGUUGGCAAGUGUUUAUAACAAGCAUGCCCGUGAAGGUGGCGUAAUUAGGUACUCUUAUUCAUGCAUGAUGGAUUCCCUCCAAGGGUUCUCCGAUUACAUUCUUACUAAGGCUAGAGCAGUGAAGACUUGAGAUAUUGGUCUGUAUUGCUGUGUUUGAUUCGGGAAGGAUUAUGGACUCAAAUACUCUCAAUACUGUACUUGCUAUAGCUCUUGAUAACUUAACUUUUGUGUUAAGCUCUCUA